GCGAGGUUGACUUCACCAUAGCUCCUCAACACUGACAUACCCACGCAAACUCAGAGAGAUCUCGAAUACCAACUAUGGCUACCUUCAACGUCCGCCUUCGACAUCCGAAAGGAGCGACUGUGCUUCAAUUGACACCUGAAAUGACCUACGAAGAGCUCCAGCUGAUGAUAUUCUCGGCCAGUGACAUACCUAUUGCGGAGCAAGAGCUAAAGCUCGGAUAUCCCCCUAAACCUAUCCCUUCGAGUACCCUCGCAGAAACCCAGGUCUCAACAAUACCGAUCACGAAAGGAGAGCAAGUCAUCGUCUCCGCUGUUCCCAGCACGUCUACUUCGGCUUCCCGGGGGGUUAAUAAUGCGGCAUCACAAGAAACAAAACCUACAGCCAUUAAUACAGCGCCUCAGCCUCGAUCACAAUCACAACCUAAACCACCUGUAUUAGCACCAACAAAAUCUACCGUCAACACCCUCUCGAGCAGUUCUUCCACUUCUGCAUCGACGCCGGUUGCACCGGCUGGGAAAGAGACGACCGUGGACCUGCCUGGUGGGGCCGGGAUCAUGCAACAUCGGAUCGUCCCGGACGACAACUCGUGCUUGUUCAGCUCGAUCGGGAUCGUUUUCAAGGGAGGGUAUAGCGAAUCCGUGACGAACCAGUUGAGGCAGAUCGUUGCGGAUGAGAUCCGGAAAGAUGAGUUUGAGUAUCCCGAGGUGGUACUUGGACGUCCCCGGGACGAAUAUAUCCGGACCAUCCUCAAACCGUCGACAUGGGGCGGAGCGAUAGAGCUGGCGAUCUUUGCCAAACACUUCAAGACUGAGAUUGAUAGUUUCGACGUAUUGUCGGGAAGGGCCGAUAAGUUUGGGGAGGGGCAAUACGAUUCGAGGUGCUUACUAGUAUAUUCUGGUAUCCACUACGACGCUAUCACCACCUCGCCCAUCCCCGACGCUCCACCGGAUUUUCAUACGACACUGUUCCCGGUGACCGACGACUCUAUCCUCCCCGGCGCUCAGAAACUGGUGGAUCAGUUGAAGAAACAGCAUUACUACACGGAUACGGCAAACUUCGACCUAAGGUGCCAGGUAUGCAAGGUCGGGUUGAAGGGAGAGACGGGGGCUAGGCAACAUGCUAUGCAAACAGGACAUGUCGAGUUUGGAGAAUACUAGGUUCAGGUCGAACGCGUUGUAUUUCAGUAUGCAUAUCAGAUUACUAUAUCCAAGUAUCCAAUGAACUUCCACAAUGCAAGG